GGACAAAAACAUAACGAGUCCCUCCCGCAACCCUCCACGGCGCGCGUUCUCUGUCCCGUGGUACCUUCCUGUCGCUGAAGGGAGCGGCGGCUAGGGUUUCGACGCAGUUUCGCCGUCCUCCAGCGAGAGCUCUUCUCCUCGUCUGUGGUUCCCAGCAAUAUGGGUGAUAGUGCCGAUUGGAAUGAAGAUAACACUGCUCUAGUGUGUGAAUUGUUCGCCGAACAAGUGAAGGCGCACAACCGGUCUGGUACCCACUUAAAUAAAACAGGGUACAAAAAUGUGAUGGACAAAUUCAAAGAAAAGACUGGGUUGUCCUACACCAAAAUGCAGUUCAAGAACAAAUGGGACAAGAUGAGGAUUGAAUACACCAAUUGGAAAAGACUAUCAAAGGAAACUGGUUUGGGAUGGGACACAGCGAAAAAAACCUGGAGUGCGACAAAUGAAAGGUGGAAGAACUUGAAUAAGCAAUACAAAGGAAUUGCCAAGUUUAAAGAUGGGCCUCUGUUGCAUGAGGAAGAAAAAGCCAUCAUGUAUGAAGAUAUUAGGAACACAGGAGAUGAUCAUUGGGCUCCGUCAAGUGGUACUACACCACAAAUUCUAGAGGGUGAAACCACUGAGAACACUGAUGACAAGGAUGGAGACUAUGAGGCCAAUGAUGACAAGGAUGAAGACUAUGAAGAAUGUGAAGAGGUUUCCCCUACAACUGCUAAAGGAAAGCGUCAUGUUUCUGUUGGUCGAAAGGACAAGGGUAAAAAGCCCAGGUCAUUGGGAGGACAUUGGGUGCAAGAUCAAUUGAGCAAACUUGUGACAGCAAGUGAGAAGAGCACAGCAUCCGUUGAGUCUUUGGCAAGAAAGGACGACAAUGGGUGCUCCAUUAGAGAUGUCAUGGCAUUGGUGAAGGAGUGUGGUGCAGUUCCAGGAACAAAAGAACACUUCAUAGCAUCUCAAGUUUUUGUCAAGAGGGCAGAGAGGGAGAUGUUUAUGACUUUGGACACACCAGAAGAACGCUUCAAUUGGCUUACAAUGAAACAUGAUUGGCUCACUAGGAUGAGUCACUAGGUUCUGUAAUUUUUUGUAGCACUAUGUCCCAUUUUCAGUGCUAAUAUGUAUCUGUUUAAACCUUUUUACUCCGAUUUGAACAUGUUGUGACAUUAUUGUGGAUGGAUUGUAUCAAUUUUGUUGCUGCCC